AGAUCUGUGUGCUCGGUGAGCCCCCAGCGGGUCCUCUUCAUUCGCCGUCCAAGAUGCGUUACGCUCUUGCCGCUUGUCUCCUGCUUCUGGCAGCCUCGUCUUUCGUUGACGCCAAGAAAAAGAAGAUCGCUGAUGAUGAGCUCGGAGAGCUCCUCGACAACAUCGAUGCUGAUGAGGAGAAGAAGAGUGUAGAGCCAGCCAAGAACCCAUGCGAGGACCACCAGUGCGGAUGGGGAAAGGAAUGUGUCGUCGGAAAGAAGGGAGAACCAACUUGUGAGUGCAUCUCAAAGUGCCCAGAACUCGACGGAGACCCGAUGGAUAAGGUGUGCGCCAACAACAACCAAACCUUCACCUCCCUCUGUGACCUCUACCGUGAGAGAUGCUUGUGCAAGAGAAAGUCCAAGGAGUGCUCCAAGGCUUUCAACGCCAAAGUCCACUUGGAAUACCUCGGAGAAUGCAAGAAGCUUGAUGAGUGCACCGAAGAGCACAUGGCUCAAUUCCCAGAACGCAUGGCUGACUGGCUCUUCCAGGUCAUGAAGGAGCUUAAGAAGAGACGUGAGCUCCACAAGCUCGAGUGGGAAGAGCUCCUCUCCGAGGCCGAGAACGACGACGAGAAGAAGCACGUGUACCCAGUUAUCUGGAAGUUCUGCGAGCUUGACACCAAGCCACAUGAUAAGUCCGUCUCCCACCACGAGCUCAUUCCAAUCACUGCUCCAGUCAUCCCAAUGGAAUCCUGCAUCAAGCCAUUCCUCGAGGGAUGCGACGCCAACAAUGACGGAAACAUUUCAAUUAAGGAAUGGGGAAAAUGCUUGGGACUUAAGGAGGGAGAGAUCCAAGAGAGAUGCUAAAUAAUUAUCUAAUUAAAAGUUUAAAAAAUUCGAAAAAAAAAAACUUUCCCAAAAAAAAUUCUAAUCCAGCUUGCCGAACUGCCAACUUGCUCACAUGCUAGAAAUAUCUGUAAAUUACAGAUUUCUAGGCCAUGAACCCCCUAUUUAACCUCAAAUAUCGAUUUUUGAAUUUUUUUUGCUUUGCUGAAUCCAAUGUGCCAAAUCUCAGUUGAACAUAAUGAUAUCCUACUGAUUCUUUUUAAUUUUUUUCUAUAAUUUUCAAUUUUAAUAAUAAAUGUUUAUUUUAUUGAUAAUUACGGCAAUUU